AUGGGGCCGGUAGGGUCGGCGACGGGGCCGCUUAGGGCGGCGACGGGGCCGUCACUCAACUCCGCACUAGUGACACUCGCUACCGUGCUGCGCUCCCCACCGAGUUUCUCACCCCCCCCCCCCCUCAUGUACAUCACGCUCUACUUCAUCGUCACUCGCCUCCCAGACUCUCUCACUGCAGUCAGGGACCUCCUCCUAGCAAUUGACCCCACCGACCUCACUGUCGACCUGCUCGAGAAGCACCUCCUAGCAGCUGAGACUAGCAUAGUCGCUGCAGGUGCUUCUUGUGGCACUCCUUGCACCCCCUUCUUUGAGGAGUGUUCGCCCUCCCCCCUUCUCCCAUCUUUCGCCUCUACUACAACUGUUGACUACCUUCGUGCUGAGGAGGUAGGAGCUGUGUCUGCCUCUAGUGGGAGGCCCCGCAGCGGCAGGGGAGGCAGGGGCGGUGUGGACGGCAGAGGUGGAGGCGGUGGUGGGGGCGGUGGAGGUGGUGGAGAGGGCGGCGGUGGCUGA